UGUGUCAAAUGAAAUGUCAUUUACCUUACCUCAAAAAAUAAGUGCCAGUCAUUACAUUUUAUCGAAAUUUUGUGCAACAGGCAGUAAAAUACGACAAUGGGCACAAUCAAAGUGAUAAACGAUGAAAGCCAUUUCCAAACGGAACUAGCAAACGCCGCCACAAGACUUGUAGUGGCCGAUUUCACUGCCAGUUGGUGUGGCCCCUGCCAAAGGAUAGCACCGAUAUUUCAACAAUUGUCGACGAAAUAUGUCAAAGCUGUUUUCCUAAAAAUUGACGUGGACAAAUGCCAAGAAACUGCUGCGAUGCAAGGGGUCUCAGCGAUGCCUACGUUUAUUUUCUAUCGCAACAAGACGAAAGUGGAUACGCUGAGAGGGGCCGAUCCGACAGCAUUAGAAAACAAAAUUCAACAAUACUAUGGAUCAGAUGAAGGAGAAGAAGUUGAAGCCGUUGCUGGACACAUGGACUUGCAGCCGUUUAUUAUGAAGGCCCAAUGCGAGUGUUUAAAUGAGAGUGACGAACACUCACUAGAGCAUUGCUUAAAUUCUGGUGGGGGUUAUCUCCAGUCGGAUUGUGAUGAACAGUUGAUCAUUUCCAUUGCUUUUAACCAAGCUGUGAAAAUUCACAGUUUAAAAAUUAAGGCCCCUGCAGACAAAGGCCCUAAAAAUGUUAGAAUAUUUAUAAAUCAGCCAAGAACUCUCGACUUUGAUCUUGCUGACGGUUACACAAGUGUUCAAGAUUUAGAAUUAACACCAGAAGAUUUGGAAGGUAACCCCGUUAAUCUCCGCUAUGUUAAGUUCCAAAACGUUCAGAAUGUACAGUUUUUCAUCAAGGAUAAUCAGUCAGGUGGUGAAGUAACCCAGAUUGAUCAUUUAGCAAUAAUAGGAUCGCCAAUCAGUACCACAAAUAUGGGCGACUUUAAGAGAGUUGCGGGCAAAAAAGGGGAAAGCCAUUAGAUGAUGUAAUUAAAAUAUUAGAAGUAUUUCAAAGAUUUUAAUUACAAAAUGUAUAUGCUUGCUAUACAUAUUACUUAAAAAUACAGUUGUUAUAAAGUCUGUUACCUGUUUAUUUUUUGUAUUUCUUUCAGUUUAUCUUUUGUGUCAUUUUUUAUAUUCUCUAUUUGUUUCUUUACAGAGGCGUUUUUAUACUGAAUAGGUUUGUCUGUAUUUUCCUCAAAUAAAGUACUAACCUCCACCAAU